CACUCUUUUCCUUUGUAUAAAUCCCAGUCAACUGCUUGCCAGUCUUUACCAUGAAUGUUUUCUUUUCCAAUUUCUUUCUUUUCUUCUUUUGAAUUUUCCCAUUCUUCUAACUCACGGUGCACCUUAAAUGCGCAACGAAAUUAGAGAAAAAGAAAAAUUAGCAACGGCCCUCUAUUAAUCUCUGUUAUUAAUUCUGCUCCCGCGGAGCCGUGGGGCCGUUACUUAGAGAACCCGUAGAAGAUGUCAUCGGAACCCUCAAAAUUUUGCCUUGGUUGAUUUUUUUAACAAUUGUUUUUGCUUUCAGGUGAGCUGGUUAGCAAGCGACACGUGUCUUUCAUGGGCUGCGCCACCUCAAAACUGGAGCAGCUGCCGGCGGUCUCCCUGUGCCGCGACCGCUGCAACUUCCUCGAGGAAGCUCUCCAACAAAGCUACGCCCUGGCCGAUGCACACGUGGCUUACAUGCAGUCGCUCAAGACUCUAGGCCCCAGUCUCCACUGUUUCUUCGACCAAAGCAUCAAGUCUACCUCCGGGGAUGACGACUCCUCCGCCGUCGCCACCGAGAAACCGCCGAAGAAACCUUCUCCUCAGGCUUCGCCGGACCAUUCUGUUUCGAGUUCGAACUCAGAUUCGCACAUUCAAUUCGAUACUGAUUCGGAAGAGGAAGAGACAGGCAAAGAACGUAGUAGAUCUUUUAACCAAAUCCAUCAAAGUUAUCUUAAUCAUGGAAUCCUAACAUCAUACUCUUUGCCUAAUCAUAAUUAUAACACUAAUACGUACCAAAACAGCGAAUUCAGUGGUUCGGGCUGGAAGACACCUCCACCUCCGGCUCCGAGAAGCGCGGCUUGGGAUUACUUGAAUUUUUUUGAUGAAAUUUACGAGAGAUACGAGUUGCCUUAUUGUUCGAGCAAAGCAGUGAAGAACAAAGAAGGAGCUCCUGAUCUUGAAGCCGAACUCGUAAAGCAAAUUAAUGGAGAUGCAAAAUCCAGCGCAAAUUACACAAAAGCAAAAAAGGAAGAGAACCCGUGUGGAAAAACUGUACCAGUAAAGAACGGUGAUGGAGAGAAUAAGAAGAACGUAGAUUCGGAGACGGAACAGGUUCAAAAGAGGACUGAUUUAAAUGAACCGAAAAAUCAAAGCGGUAAACAAAGUGUCUCUGAGGUAAUGAAAGAAUUGCAAGUCCUAUUCCAGAAAGCUUCGGAGUCCGGGUAUGAAGUUUUGAAAAUGCUUGACACUGGAAAAUUUCGUUAUCAUCACAAGAAAUCUGUUUAUCAAGGUUCGACGAAUAUUAUUCAUAUGAUUACGUCAAAUUCAUUCGAAACAGAGUCCUUACUAUCCAAACAGAAGAUUAGUUCUGCGGAUAAAGAUGAGAUUGUGAGUUCACAGAAUCUGUCAUCUACUAUCAGGAAACUGUGCAUGUGGGAGAAGAAGCUCUAUGAUGAAGUCAGGGCCGAGGAAAAGCUGCGUAUAAUUCAUGCAAAGAAAUGUAGGCAGAUUAAAAGCUUGGAUCAGAAAGGUGCUGAUGCUCACAGAGUUGACUCCACGCGGACUUUGAUUAGGGCCUUAUCUACUAAGAUGAGAGUUGCAGUUCAAGUUAUUGACAAGAUAGCAAUUACUAUAAAUAGGCUGAUGGAUGAAGAGUUGUGGCCACAGAUAAAUGAACUGAUUUGCAGAUUGUUUGAAAUGUGGAAGGUAAUGCUAGAAUGCCAUAGCUGUCAGUGCCGAAAGGUUAUGGAAGCUAAAUGCUUGGAUGUUAUUCCUCUGAAUGGAAAGCUGAUUAAUGAUGCUCAGCUUGAAGUGGCAAUAAAAGUAAAGCUUGAGCUUCAAAACUGGACCCUUAGCUUCUCUAGCUGGAUUGAAGCCCAGAGGGGCUAUGUCAAAGCUUUGAAUGGUUGGGUACGAAGAUGUCUCCAAUAUGAACCAGAGGAAACAGCAGAUGGUAUAGCACCUUUCUCCCCUGGUAGAUGCGGAGCACCCCCUGUGUUUGUGAUCGUGAACCAGUGGUCAGAAGCCAUGGAUAGACUGUCGGAGAAGGAAGUGGUUGAAGCGGUGCAUGGACUUUUCAUGAGCAUAAACCAAGUGCAAGAACAUCACAAUGCAGAUCUGCAACAAAGGAUCAUUGCUGAUAAGGAUAUGGAAAGAAAAGUAAAGAUCUUGGAAAAGGAGGAGCAAAAGAUAAAAAAAUUAAUGCAAGCUCGAGUUAGAAAGAUGACACUGUUGGCAAGGGAAGAGACUGCUGCCCUUCUACCUACAGAUACACGUCGCAGUGAUAUAAGGGUUGCAACUAGUGUACAGCAUGGUUUAAAGCAGAUUUUUGUGGGAAUGGAGAAGCUUGCCACUCAGUCCAGGCAAACUUAUCAGGAGCUUCAUAAAUGCAUUGAAUUGUACCGGGCCUCUCAAGAUAAACCUGAUUGUCGUCCUUGAUCAUGGUUAAGGCAUCUAAGGCUGGUUCUGAAUGGUUAAGGAUGACUUCGCUACCUCCUUCCCUUGGUGAAAGUCAACGUCAUGAAUUGUAAAAGUCUUAGUCGGUAGGCAUCUUCCCAUCGUUUGUCCUUUUGAUUAAGAUAAGGUUUUGAAUUUUGGGUUGAGCAAGACUUGACAAAAGCAUCCUUAUCAGCUGCAAGUUCAUCGUUUAAAAGCUGCCAAGCUGCUUGAAAGAAGGAAAGUUUCACACCUAGUUUUUAAAGACUCGUAUAUGCUUGAUUAAUUUAUGUUGCCUCAGAAUGUGCUUUGGCGAGGUAGCGAUUUUUGGCAUCAGCUGCACCGGAUGCUUGCCAGCAUAUUAUUAAUUUAUUAUUAUUAUUCG